UCGUCGGCGCUGGUUCGUCCUUUCGGUUUUUAGUCGGUAAAUGCCAGGCAACUAUAUCAGAUACCUACCGAUUUCAAAUUAUUUUUGUUACUACCUACCAAGCCAGUGGUGUGAUUAAUACCUAAAGAUGAAGGAGACAAGUAGGAGCAAAGGUGCUGCUCCGACAGUCCAGCAGAUCAACGCUGACCGUGUCACCCAGCUGGCCAACCAGUACUGGUCGCCAUACAUUGUCGGUGUGGGCCAGCAGGCGCCGUUCAACCCGGCCAUUAUCGAGGAGAUCUACCAGCAGGAACUCGUCGGGUCAAAUUUCGCCGUGCGCCGUGUGAUGCUGCUCGAGUUCUCUCAGUACCUGGAGAACUACCUGUGGCCCAACUACAACCCGAGGCUGGCCACGCACGCACACCUUAUGUCCGUCGUGGUCACCGUCAAUGAGAAGUUCCGAGAGCGCGUCCCCGCCUGGCACCCGUUCGUGGCGGCGCCGGAGCACUUUGGCGCCUUUUUCGACCAGGUGACGCGCACCUGUCUGGAGCGGGUCUCGUUCAGAGAGAUGACGGCACUGCUGGUGUUCCUCGACCACUGCUUCAACAGCAUGGAGGUGGAGCUGGUGCGACAGCAGGUCCAGCGGCUCGUCAGCCUGCCCAUGUGGAUCUGCCUGCUGGAGAAACGCCGCGAGGCCGAGCUGCGGCGCAUCCCCAAGUGGAGAAAGUUCUGGAAGAUCCUGCAGAAAAAGGACGCUCAGCUGGACGAGAAGGAGAAGGCCAAGCUGGACUUCCAGCGGCGGUUCCUCUACAACCUCAUCCAGAAGUUCUUGAAGAUCCUCGAGAGCACACCAGAUGAAGGUCCACUGGACAAGCGGCGGGUGACGUUCUGCGAGCAGAUGCUCCAGCUCAUGAUCGACCUGGAGGCCCUCCUGCCGACGCGCCGCUUCUUCAACACACUGCUCGACGACACCCAUCUGGUGGUGCGCUGCCGUCUCUCGCCACUUGCCGAGCGAGACGAGGGCAAGCUGUUUGUACAGCUGCUGGACAUGCUGGCCUUCUACGCCCGGUUCGAGAUCAGUGACCAGACGGGAGACCCGCUGUCUGACCGGGACAUGAUGCAGCUCCACUACGGACGGAUCACCUCGCUGCAGGUGGCGGCCUUCUCCAAGUUCCCGGGCCUGCGCCAGUUCAGUCUGUCCAACGUGGCGUCGGUAGACACGCGGGAGCAGCUGCUGAAGCAGUUUGGCCAGCUGAGCAACCGGCAGCUGCACGAAGUAGCCGCCUUCCUGGCGCUGCUGCCGGACCCGCCCGCGGCUCCGGCCGUCACAGAGGGGGCCAAGGAGACGGCCGACCAGCCGCCGCCCUACGACUCCGAGCUGCUGCUGGAGAUGCUGGUGUCUCGCCACGAGCGGCGGACCUCUCAGCUGCAGACUCUGAACGAGAUGCCUCUCUACCCCACCGAGGCCAUCAUCUGGGACAGUAACGUGGUGCCCAGCGAGUACUUCUCGGGCGAGGGCUGCCUGGCGCUGCCCAAGCUGAACCUGCAGUUCCUGACGCUGCACGACUACCUGCUGAGGAACUUCAACCUCUUCAGACUCGAGUCCACAUACGAGAUCCGUCAGGACAUUGAGGACGUGGUGCUGCGCCUCCAGCCAUGGAAGAACGAGCUCGGACGUACCAUGUUCGGCGGCUGGGCGCGCAUGGCGCAGCCCAUCGUCAACUUCGCCAUUGUCGAGGUGGCCAAGCCGAACAUCGGUGAGCGUCGGCCGGCGCGAGUGCGCGCUGACGUCACCGUCAACCUGAGCGUGCGACCCGAGGUCAAGGCGGAGUGGGAGGGACUGCGGAAACAUGACGUUUGCUUCCUGAUCACCGUCAGGCCACAGAUGACCUACGGCGCGCGGUACGACUCGGCGGCGCCGUUCGUGCCCCAGGUGGGCCUGACCUAUGUGCGCGGCUGUGAGGUCGAGGGUAUGCUCGACGAGGGUGGUCGGGUGAUCGAGGACGGCCCCGACCCGCGGCCCGUGCUGCCCGGCGAGCGGCGCACGUUCCGCGUGUGGCUCGACUGUAACCAGUACCGACAGGAUCUGGACAGCAACGCACAGGGAAAGGAGGACGUUUACGAGACGUUCAACAUCAUUAUGCGCCGGAAGCCGAAGGAGAACAACUUCAAGGCGGUGCUGGAGACGAUUCGGGACCUGAUGAACAACGAGUGUGUGGUGCCGGACUGGCUUCAUGAUAUCAUCCUCGGAUACGGAGACCCGGGCGCCGCGCACUACGCAAAGAUGCCGGACGAAAUCUCGACGCUGGACUGGAACGACACGUUUCUGGACCUGGAGCACCUGCGGCAGAGCUUCCCGGGACACACGGUGCAGCUCAAGGACGGCUGCCGGGACGUGAAGCCCUGCGCGCCGUUCAGGCUGACGUUUGUCGGUGUCGAGGAGAAGAAGACUCGGCCGGACUCUGGGCCCGAGGAACGCUCCAAGCUGAUUCUGGUCGAGCCGCACGUCAUCCCCAGUCGCGGACCGUAUCCCUACGUGCAACCCAAACGGAACACGGUGCGUUUCACGCCCACCCAGGUGGAGGCUAUCCGUGCGGGCACCCAGCCGGGUCUGACUCUGGUCGUUGGUCCGCCGGGCACCGGAAAAACAGACGUGGCCGUUCAGAUCAUCUCAAACAUCUACCACAACUUCCCCGAGCAGCGUACGCUGAUCGUGACGCACAGUAACCAGGCCCUGAACCAGCUGUUUGAGAAGAUCAUGGCGCUGGACAUUGAGGAGCGCCAUCUGCUCCGUCUGGGACACGGCGAGGAGGCGCUGGAGACAGAGAAGGACUUCAGCAGGUACGGCCGUGUGAAUUUCGUACUCUCCCACCGUCUGGCGUUGUUGGACGCCGUCCAGCGACUCCAGCAGAGUCUCCAGGUAGCAGGGGACGCCGCCUACACGUGCGAGACGGCCGGACACUUCUUCAUGCAGCACAUACUCAGCCGAUGGGAGGAGUUUCUCAGCCGAGUCUCCCCCGAGAAAAAGGAGACCCUCCCGAUCAGCAGCAUCAAGACCAACUUCCCCUUCACACGGUUCUUCGAGGACGCGCCACAGCCGAUCUUCAAGGGCAACUCGUUUGACGAGGACUUUGAGAUCGCCCAGGGCUGCUUCAGGUACAUCAAGAAGAUGUUCGAGCAGUUGGAUGAAUUCCGUGCGUUCGAGCUGCUCCGUAGCGGCCUGGACCGGUCGCGCUACCUGCUCGUCAAAGAAGCCAAGGUGAUCGCCAUGACCUGCACCCACGCGGCGCUGAAGCGGAACGAGCUCGUCCAGCUGGGAUUCAAGUACGACAACAUCCUGAUGGAGGAGUCGGCGCAGAUCCUCGAGAUCGAGACGUUCAUCCCGCUGCUGCUACAGAACCCGCAGGACGGAUUCAACCGUUUGAAGCGUUGGAUCAUGAUCGGCGACCACCACCAGCUUCCGCCUGUCAUCAAGAACAUGGCCUUCCAGAAGUACUCCAACAUGGAGCAGUCGCUGUUCACGCGCUUCGUGCGCCUCGGAGUGCCCACUGUACAGCUGGACGCACAGGGUCGCGCCAGGUCCAGUAUCUGCUCGCUGUAUAACUGGCGCUACAAGGUGCUCGGUGACCUGCCGCACGUGCAGCAGCGCGCAGAGUACCAGCGGGCCAACGCCGGCUUCUGCUUCGACUACCAGGUGGUCAACGUGGAGGACUUCAACGGCGUGGGCGAGAGCGAGCCCAGUCCCUACUUCUUCCAGAACCUAGCCGAGGCCGAGUACGUGGUGGCCGUGUACAUGUACAUGCGUCUGCUCGGCUACCCCGCGGAGAAGAUAUCCAUCCUGACCACCUAUAACGGCCAGAAGCACCUGAUUCGGGACGUCAUCAACCAGCGCUGCGCCAACAACGCAGCCAUCGGCCUGCCCUGCAAGGUGGACACUGUGGACAAGUACCAGGGCCAGCAGAACGACUAUAUCCUGCUCUCCCUGGUGCGCACCAAGGCCGUCGGCCACCUGCGCGAUGUGCGCCGGCUGGUGGUGGCCAUGUCUCGCGCACGACUCGGACUGUACGUGUUCGCGCGCGUGGCCCUCUUCCAGAACUGUUUCGAGCUCACGCCGGCCUUCAGUGUGCUGGCGACCCGGCCGACCCAGCUGCACCUCUGUCCCGAGGAGCGGCACCCAACCGCGCGGCCGGUGCGUGUACCGCCGCGCGGCGCGCCGCUUAUCGCAGCGGACAUGCCGCAUAUGGCGCAGUUCGUGUAUGAUAUGUACAUGGAGCGCCUGAGGACUGGGGAGGUGCAGCAGCGGCAGCAGCACGAGCGGCAACAACAGCAACAGCAGGCCCAGACUUGGCGCUCUCCGGGGACGAUCGUGGCGCGUCCGAUGCUGCGCCGCGCCGCGCCCCAGCACCCCGGCGGAGACCGGGACAGUAGCGAUGACGAGGAUGGACCGGCGGCGCCCGGAGAUGACGACACCGCGGCGCCCGGAGAUGAGGCUAUGGAGGAAGACGCAGAGCCGGCGCCGGCGGUCGAGGGCGAGAAGACGACCGCAGGGGAGACGGCGCCAGCAGGGGAGAAGACGCCCACAGGGGAGAAGGCGCCCUCUGGGGAGACGGCGGCGCCCGUUGGGGAGAAGGCGCCCACAGGGGAGAAGGCGCCCACAGGGGACAAGCCGGCGGGAGACGGAGUCACUCCAGUAGCCAUGGAGACGGAGUCUGAAUCGGCGUCGUGAGGUGGGAACGUCAGGGUCUGCGUGAGACUCCCGGGUGUCUGACCGGAGAACUUGGUGGAAUGAGGGGCACCGGCGCCCCGAGCCGGCCCUCAGCCCGGUUCAGUCCUGUGCCCAGUGUUGGUGUCGGUGUUGAUGUCCGGCGGUGUGGCUGUCGGUGCUGCCGAUUGUGUCACAAAUAUGUGCAGCCCCGGACGAAGCUCAUUGAAUGCGUGGUAUGUCGGUCAUCUCGUUACUGUGUGAGGAAGCAGAGCAUAAAAUGUGUUACUUAUGACACAGUCAUCGCCAUUUUGUAAUGAACGGGAACUAUUAA